AUUUCGCCAUUUCAAGGUAUCGUCAUUAGCGCGUUGAACAAGAGUUUUUGCAAAUGUCAAUGCAAGAGUUCUCCGAUAACUUGUCCACUUUGUCGUACAUGUCGCGACAUCGUAUCCCAACAUGGAUAUAUGAUUCAAAAAGUAAAACCUUUUUUGGUCGGACUUUAAAGAGUUGGGCUUUAUGCAUUUUGUUCUAUCUCGUGUAUUAUGCUUGCCUGGCUGGAUUUUUCACCGGCCUUCUUUGGCUCGUGCUGUAUUUUAAUGUCCCAGAAGAAUAUCCUGCCAGAACUGGGAAGCAAAGUCUACUGGAUUUCAAACCAGGUUUGGGUUUCCGACCACUUCUUGAUGUACAAAAGUCUCUCAUACAUUUUUCCACCCAUGAUUCUCAGACAUACCUUCCAUAUGCAGAGAAUAUUAAUGCUUUUCUGGAUACGUAUAGACAAGUUAAUUCAAAACCUGAUAGUCAGUUCGCCAGUUGUGUUGGCAAGGCAGGAGAUACAAAAGAUGUCGACAAAGUGUGCAAAUUUUCACUUGACAAAUUGGGACCUUGCAACGAGAAAAACGACUAUGGUUAUAGUAAAGGUUCUCCUUGUGUGUUGCUCAAAAUAAACAAAGUGUAUGGGUGGUUGCCUUCUCUUGGUGAUUCAGCUCCCUCCAAUGAUAUCCUAGUUAAUUGUUCUGGUCAAAAUCCUGCAGAUGAGGAGAAUAUUGGUGAAAUGACCUUUCAUCCGGGUGAAACUUACAAAGGCACACAAUACGGUGUCUUCAGUAGUGCAUAUUAUCCAUUUCUUGGACAAGCUGGUUAUCUUGGUCCGUUAGUUGCCCUGGAAUUUAAAUCACCGAAAAAGAACGUUGUCAUCUUGGUUAAAUGUGCAUUAGCCAAUGUGAAGAAUGCUAAUAAAGACGAAUUGAACUUUGAAAUAUUGGUAGAUUAGAAGUCUAUCAUCUUAGUGCUAUGUCUAAUGCAUCAAUAUAGAUAUGUAUAUGCGUACACAAACAGAUGAAUUUACAUUAACCACAGACUAAAUAAAUCAUUAGAUUCCUUGAAUUCACAGUCUCUUAUCAUGUCAUUUCUUUGUUUCCACUAUAAAUUAUUUGAUUAACUUUUUUCAACGUUUACACCUGCCUAUUUACUUAGUCGACUCCAUGACACUAUGAGUUUACGACUUUUUUCCUGUUCGCUUAGUUUUGAUUUAUCGUGUAAUCAUCCUUACCAGCCUGAAAGGUGGCAUUGCUGCUUUAUUUUAUGAAUUCUGUUUUCAGUAGAUUUCUUUGUUCUAAUUAACGCAUUUGAUAAUGAUUUAGGUGAAAGUAUUUCGCUAAUAAUUAUUGAACAUUGUGGUUUAUUGUCGUUAUUCAUUCAUCUAUUUAUCUAACCAAAUUGGGUUUAAAAAUUUGAAUUUAAUCUCAAGUAUUCCUUUUCUGUAGACUGUUAGUUAGAAAGCCUUGUACAAGCAACACACAUAUUUUCGACUAUCAUGUGAAAUUAUCUUCUACCAGAGAGCAUAUAUGUUUAGUGACUAGACAAUUAAUGAGUGGAACAACGAAAGAAAGUGAUUAUCAUCUAUAAACUACUCAUCUUUGUUGCCAGUAUUUUUGCAUGAUCCGUGUGCGUGAUUACUAUCAUGUAAUAAAAUUGUAUGCCUAAAAAUAUCCACGCACACGGAUCAUGCAAAAAUACUGGCAACAAAGAUGAGUAGUUUAUAGAUGAUAAUCACUUUCUUUCGUUGUUCCACUCAUUAAUUGUCUAGUCACUAAACAUAUAUGCUCUCUGGUAGAAGAUAAUUUCACAUGAUAGUCGAAAAUAUGUGUGUUGCUUGUACAAGGCUUUCUAACUAACAGUCUACAGAAAAGGAAUACUUGAGAUUAAAUUCAAAUUUUUAAACCCGAUUUGGUUAGAUAAAUAGAUGAAUGAAUAACGACAAUAGACUACGAAGUUUUGAUUUUAUCUUGAUGCUUAAAUUAAGUCUACAAUUUUUGUGUAACAGUUUUUGUCGUUGUUGUGUGUAUCUCAUAUAUUAUAUUUAUUAUCAUGUACUAUGCAAUAUAUACAUGUUUAGAUAGAAA